GGAGGGUUAAGUGACCGAUCCUUUUAAUUAGAACUGGACCGGUGUGUUACGGUCAUCGCUUUUCUUCCUCAAACGAAAGGGCGGGAAAAAUACUGCGCGAGUGAGAAGGAUGGCUCCAUUGUUGCAGAGCUCUCAACCUUGGGUCGAGAAAUACCGACCAAGGCGAGUGAAGGACGUUGCCCACCAAGACGAGGUUGUCCGAGUCCUUACCAACACGCUUGAGACCACUAAUUGUCCCCACAUGCUGUUUUAUGGCCCUCCUGGAACCGGCAAAACUACCACAGCCCUUGCCAUUGCUCAUCAGCUUUACGGUCCUGAACUAUACAAGUCCAGGGUUCUCGAGCUCAAUGCUAGUGAUGAUCGUGGAAUCAACGUUGUUCGAACUAAAAUUAAGAAUUUUGCAGCAGUUGCUGUUGGUUCUGGUCAGCAAGGGGGUUACCCUUGCCCACCUUAUAAAAUUAUCAUCCUUGAUGAGGCAGAUUCCAUGACCGAAGAUGCACAGAAUGCUUUACGUCGUACUAUGGAAACCUACUCAAAAGUAACAAGAUUCUUUUUCGUAUGCAAUUACAUCAGCAGGAUUAUAGAACCUCUUGCUUCUAGAUGUGCCAAGUUCAGGUUUAAGCCACUCUCUGAGGAUAUCAUGAGCACUCGUAUACUACAUAUCUCCAAAAUGGAAGGCCUAAACCUGGACUCAGAGGCUCUAUCAACCUUAAGUUCCAUAUCUCAAGGAGAUCUUCGUCGUGCUAUAACUUUCUUGCAGGGAGCUGCUCGCCUAUUUGGAUCUUCAAUUUCUUCCAAGGACUUGAUAAGUGUUUCUGGGGUCAUCCCACAUGAAGUUGUUGAAGCUCUUCUUGCAGCUUGUAAAAGUGGUUCAUUCGACUCUGCAAACAAAGAAAUCAAUAAUGCUAUUGCAGAGGGGUAUCCAGUCAGUCAGAUGCUUUCUCAGUUGUUUGAUAUGGUGGUUGAAUCUAUUGAUUUUUCUGAUGAACAAAAAGCAAGAAUAUGCAGGAAACUGGGUGAAUCCGAUAAGUGUCUUGUUGAUGGAGCAGAUGAGUAUUUACAACUGCUUGAUGCAUGCAGCUCUAUGAUGAAAGCAUUUUGUAACAUGCCAGAAGGAUUUUCCAAUGACAUUUAACAAUUGACAUUACUAUCUUGUCCUCUUUAGUUAUACCAUCUUUAGCGCAUUGCUUGUUUCAUGUAUGGUGUUUGAUGAAACAAAUCAAAUGAUUGUUAUGCUCUGUUUAAUGUUUUCUAUAUUUGAGUGUGAUAUGUAAAAACUUAAGGGUUGUUUACCAAA